GGGGGUUUUGUGGGGUUACUGGGGCUCGCUUGAGGGGGUUGGGAUUACUGGGAGUGCUGGGGCAGGAAAAUCUCAUCAGGUAGCGCAUCUGGAUUUGGAUAUUGGGGGGUGCUCCCUGGAGGGGGGUGUACUGAGGCUCCUCUGAGAGGUUUUGGGGUUACUGGGUCUCUCUUGGGGGGAUAUGCUUUUACUGGAGAUCCCUGUGGGUGAGGGGAACCUGCUGCCGGUCCCAGCUGUGGCUCUGCCCUGUCAGACCCCUGGUUCCUGUGUUGAGGGGCUCACUGACACCGACACCCCCCUGUCCCGGCCCCCCGGGGUCACCCCAUGGCACCCAGCGAGGCUGGGCCUCCGCUGCUCCUCCCCAGACUUCGGGAACUGGCCUUGACUUCCCGGCACUGCCAUCGCUCCUCCUCUGCCUCCCCCCCAACCUGUGGGGCCCUAUCCCAGCUCCAUCCAGGGAGCAGCACCCGAGAAACCAACCCUCUGCUCCUGGAGCGUUUGGGGACGGUACCGGAGGCAGCUUUGGCCUGUUCCAGCACUGGGAUCACCCCGCUCCAGGGGAGCCUGGCACGGGGGGGGGGCUCUGCCGUGGGUGACGGGGAGGAGUGUGAGCUCCUUUGGGACCCUGCCGUGGGUGGCUCCCUGGGGACCCCGUGCUCGGUGCCAGCCGGCUGCGGUUUGGCAGAGGAAGCGCCUUCCCCGCCGCGCGGAAGCGGCCCCGGCGUGGUUGAGCUGCGCCCCGGAUGCGCUGCUCCAGCACCAGGAUGGACGGGGCUGCCACCUGUCUCCCUGUAGCAGGGCCAGCAUGGCCCUGUGGCUCUGGUGUCCCCGUGUCACCACAGCCCUGCGUGCCCAAGUUACUGUGUCCCAACAUCUCCAAGUCCCUGCAUCGUGAUGUUCCCAGAUGCCCGUGUUCCCAAGACCCCACAUCCCUCGUCCUCAAGUCUCUGCAUCCUGAAAUCCCUAGAUCCCGUUUUCCCCUAAGUCCUUGCGUUCUGAUGUCCCUUUGUCCCUUGAUCCCUUUGUCCCCAAAGCCCCACAUGCUGGCCUGUCUGUGUGUCUCCAGAUCCCUCUGUCCCUCAGACCCCACAUCCCAAUGACCCACAUUCCCAGAUCCCUUUGUCCCCAAAUCCCCACAUGCUGCUGUCCAUGUGUCCCCAGAGCCCUUUGUCCCCCAAGUCCCCACAUCCUGACAUCCCCACCUUCCCAGAUCCACUUGUCGUCCCCCCCCCCCCCUCCAAGACCUCGGGAUGCCGACAGGGCUGGCUCCCGGUGCCUGGGGUGGGCGGGUGGGGGUCUCACGGCCCCGGGGUGGGAGGUGCGCGGGUGAAAACUGAUGCCCGGGGCCGGGGGGGCUCCUCCCGGUGCCCGCAGGGUCCCGGUGCUGCGGCGCCGCCCGGUACCGACAGAGGGCGCCGCGGGCGGGGUCGCCCCCGCCUCCCCCGGGGCGGAUGAAGGCGGCGGGACCGGCAUCGGGACCGGGAGCGGGCGGGAUGCUCCCGGGAGCGCUCCGCCUGCUCUGCUGCGCCGCUGCCCUGCUCGCUGCUGCAGGUCUAGAGCCAGGACAUGGCACCAAUGUCUCCUCUACAGUGGCUCUAAGCAGCUCAGGGACAGCUGUGUCACCGAGUCCAUCCAGGACACUGGGAUCAACAGCACCUCCUGUAUCUCCAUCCAAUACCACCAUGGCACCAACUCCAUCCAGGACACUGGGAUCAACACCACUUCCAGUAUCUCCAUCCAACACCACCACACCGACUCCAUCCAGGACACUGGAAUCAACACCACUUCCAGCAUCUCCAUCCAACACCACCAUGAAACCAUCUUCAUCCAGGACAACGGGAUCAACACCGCUUCCAGCAUCUCCAUCCAACACCACCACACCAAGUCCAUCCAAGACACUGGGAUCAGCAGCACCUCCAGUAUCUCCAUCCAACAUGUCCGUGGCACCGACUCUAUCCAGAACACUGGGAUCAACAGCAUUUUCAGCAUCUCCAUCCAACACCACCACACCAACUCCAUCCAGGACACUGGGGUCAGCAGCACCUCCAACAUCUCCAUCCAACACCACCACACCGACUCCAUCCAGGACACUGGGGUCAGCAGCACCUCCAGCAUCUCCAUCCAACACCACCACAGCACUGAUUCCAUCCAAGACAUCGGGAUCAGCAGCACCUCCAGCAUCUCCAUCCAACACCACCAUGGAACCAUCUUCAGCCAGGACACUGGGACCAGCAGCACCUCCAUCCAACACGUCCACGGCACCGACUCCAUCCCACCCAAGUGUGCCCAGAUCCACGGGGCAUCCAUCCAACUCGACGGCAGUGCCAGCCCCAUCCUCACCCAGGCCCUCUGGGCCCGCUCCUGCUCCCAACUCCACCACACCCACUGUGAGCCCUGGGCCCAACAGCACCCUGGCCACCAGCUCCAGAACAACACCGGCCACCGGCAUUGCGACCAACAGCUCAGAGCAGCAGCUGAGCUCUGGCGUGGUCAUCAUCAUCUGCCUCUUCGUCUGUGUGCUGGUGGGGGGCACAGCGGUGCUGCUGGUGCGGCUGUGCCGGCGCAGGACCCCCCGCGGGACCCCCCCCUUCCACCACCUGGACGAGGUGCCCAUGAGCAAGGUGAUGGAGGAGUCCCCUGUCACCCACCCCACACCCAGGUGACCCCCCCACACACCGCGGCCCCCCCGGGGCUCCCCGCGCUGCUGAAUAAAGAAGCCGCUGCUCA